AUGGUUGGAUCGCCAAAUCCUGAUAUCAAGGGAACCAAACGAUUGAACUCCCCUGGGCCUGCUAAUAAUGGUGCCCCCCAACGGGAUCAAUUAGGUUUCAGAGUCAAACGACAAGUUCUAGAUAAAUUAACAACCACUGCUUACGAACAAUUGGGUGAAGAUUCAUAUGUUGAUUCUACGAAUACUAUCAAUAAGCAUAAAACUAUAGAAGAAGAAGAAGUUGAAGGUGCAGGAUAUUUUAUUGAUGGAAGAUUAAGAAGAGUUAAUCCUUACUUUUUCACCUAUAUGACCUAUUGUAAAAUGAGAUGGAGAGAUCGAAAAUUAGUUGAUAUUUUUGUCAAUGAGUUUAGAGAUCGUGAACCAGAGUUCUAUAAAAAAACUAUAGCUUCCGGCCAAGUGAGUCUCAAUAAAGUACCUGCAAAUUCUGAAUCAGUAGUUAGAAAUGGAGACUUGAUCUCUCAUAGGUGCCACAAGCAUGAACCUGCCGUCACGUCUAGACCGAUCAAAAUCGUCCACGAAGAUGAUGAUUUAGUUGUUAUUGAUAAACCUUCAGGUAUUCCAGUUCAUCCUGCCGGACGAUACCGCUAUAAUACAAUCACCAAAGUUUUUCAACACGAAUAUGGGAAAAUCGUCCAUCCUUGUAAUCGACUCGACAGAUUAACUAGUGGUCUUAUGUUUCUUGGUAAAAAUGCCAAAGGGGCUGAUAAAUUUGUUCAACAAAUUAAAGAUCGCUCCGUUAAGAAGGAAUACAUUGCGAGAGUUGUGGGUAACUUUCCGGUUGGUGAUGAAAAUUGUGAAUUGACUGUUGAUAAACCAUUAACUACUAUAAAUCCAAAGUUAGGGUUUAAUCAAGUUGACCUUGAAAAUGGUAAAGAAGCGCUGACCGUUUUUAAAAGAAUAUCCUAUGAUAUAAAAACAAAUACAUCCGUUGUUAAAUGCCGCCCGUUGACAGGAAGAACUCACCAAAUUAGAGUCCAUUUACAAUAUAUUGGCCACCCAAUUGCUAAUGACCCUAUCUACUCCAGUCCUAAGGUUUGGGGAGAUAACCUAGGCAAAAAUGGUGAAUGUAACCAAGAAGAGAUAAUGGAAAAUUUGGACCGGAUAGGUAAGUCUAUUGCUUGUUCUACUUGGAUUCAUCCUCAGGAAGACGGUGAAGUUUUACUGGGUGAAAAAUGUAAAACAUGUGAGUAUGAUCUUUAUACUGAUCCAGGCCCCAAUGACUUAGAUUUAUGGUUACAUGCUUACAAGUAUGAAGCAGAAGAUAAGUCUUGGUCAUAUAAAACUGAAUACCCUGAUUGGGCUAUUGAUCCACAUAGAGAAUUCAUGGAGCUAGCCUUAGAAAAUGCAAAUAAAUGUGGUGAAACUCAAACUCAAUUUAAUGUUGGUGCUUUACUCACUUUAAAUGGUGAAGUUCUUGCAACUGGUCAUUCACGAGAACUUCCUGGUAAUACUCAUGCUGAACAAUGUGCACUAGAAAAGUAUUUCACUAAGACCGGGAAAAGAGAAGUACCUCCGGGGACCGAAAUCUAUACAACCAUGGAACCAUGUUCCUUAAGGUUGAGUGGUAACGAACCUUGUGUCGAUAGAAUUUUGCAAACUCAGAUCAAAACAUGUUUUGUUGGAGUCUUGGAACCAGAUAUUUUUGUGAAGGAUAACACUGGUUAUAAGAAGUUGACGGAAGCCAAUGUUGAAUAUAUCCAUAUCCCAGGGUAUGAAAAAAAAGCUUUAGAAAUUGCUACAAAAGGUCACGAAAAGAAAGAAGAAACGGAAACCAAAUAA